AUGAAGGAAAGUUUGCUCUUUAGUAGUGUAAUUAGUUUCUUCUUUCUCUCCUCAGGCGAGUCUAUGGAGAUGGAGGAGCGUGUGAGUGAGCGACAGGCUGAAGUGCUAGCAGAGUUUGAGCGCAGAAAGAGAGCGAGACAAAUCACCGUCUCUACUGAUGAUGUAGAGGUCAAGGCCUGCCUCCGAGCUCUUGGCGAGCCAAUCACGCUGUUUGGGGAGGGGCCUGCAGAGAGACGAGAGAGGAGUGGCUUGUGUAAAUUGUGGAAAGUCCCAGAUUGUACACUUGUACGCACAUUAAGAGGUCACAAUACCAACGUGGGAGCGAUUAGCUUUCACCCUCAAGCCACACUCACACUCGAGGAGUCGGAUGUCAAUAUGGCCUCCUGUGCUGUGGAUGGAUCUGUUAAGCUGUGGAGUUUAGACAGUGAUGAGCCUGUAGCAGACAUUGAGGGGCACUCUAUGAGGGUGGCUCGGGUGGCCUGGCAUCCCUCUGGGCGGUUUCUGGGCACAACUUGCUAUGAUAACUCAUGGCGACUUUGGGAUCUUGAAGUUCAAGAAGAAAUUCUGCAUCAGGAGGGUCAUAGUAAAGGUGUCCAUGACCUGCACUUCCACCCGGAUGGCUCUCUGGCAGGAACUGGUGGUUUGGAUGCAUUUGCUCGUGUCUGGGACCUGCGGACUGGUCGUUGUAUCAUGUUCCUGGAGGGCCACCACAAAGAGAUUUACAGCAUCAAUUUCUCACCAAACGGCUUUCACUUGGCAACCGGAAGUGGAGAUAACACCUGUAAAGUGUGGGACCUUCGUCAGAGAAGGUGCAUGUACACAAUUCCUGCCCAUGAAAACCUUGUGUCUUCAGUCAAGUUCCAACCUAACGAUGGGCAUUUUUUGCUGACUGGUGCGUAUGACAACAUAGCCAAAGUGUGGACACAUCCCGGCUGGUCACCUCUGAAGACUCUGGCGGGGCAUGAAGGAAAGGUCAUGGGGCUUGACCUUUCACCUGACGGACAGCUCAUUGCAACCUGCUCUUAUGACCGAACCUUCAAACUCUGGAUGGCAGAAUGAGAUUUAAAUUUUUUUUCACAUUUAUUUUUUAAGUUUAGUUUUAAAGAGCUGGAAAACAGCACAAGAGGUCUUUAAACUGGAAGCUGAUUGACAGUUUGGUUCAAUUAAAACAGAAAUACAAUCAAAUGUUUGAGUUGUGUUGUAACAAGCAUCAAGCAUUCUAGUACAUUGUCUAAGAUCUGAAAUCCAGUAUGUCCAUUCUUAAAUCUUGAUAUGUCCAUAUAUCCGAUUCCAGUUUUGAGUUUUGCAGAAUUUGUCAUAUUACUGAUCCAUUUGGGUACCUAAAUAAAAUGCAUUUUAUUGUCCCAGGCAAUUUUGUAAAGGAAUCAGUGGUUUC